AUGAACCUGCAAAGCAACGGCCUGUCUGUUCAGUGGUACCUGAAGUCCAAGCCGGUGGGAAAGGUGAGGCGGCGUGUACAGGAGAUGAAAAACCCAUCUGUCUCCCUGGUGUCGGGUGACGUUGACCUCAGCCACAACGAGAGCACCAGAUUGGCCAUGGACGCCUUGCUGAACCAGGGAUUGGACAUGUACCAGGAAGUACUGGCCGGAGAGGGCGAGGUGGACUUCCUGUCCAAGGAGGAGAAAGGUUAUAUCCUGGAGAACACUACAGACCUGAGCACCAGCAGUCUGUGUGGGACGGAGAACGACAACCAGGCAGAGGGCUCCACCACCUCUUCCCAGACAAACACCUGUUGUCCAUCCGUGUCUGAGAGCGAGCCCCCCGGCUUGGACCACGGCUGGCCGGCAGAGGACUGGAGCUACCGCCUGCAGGGUGAACCCAGUGUAGAGGUCUACUUCCAGUCUGAUAGAGCAGCCAGCAUGAAAGACCUGCUCAGAGAGUUCAUCAGCAAGGCCACAAUGGUUCUGGCCAUUGUAAUGGACACAUUCAGUGAUGUGGAGAUGUUCUGUGACAUCCUGGAGGCAACCAGGAAGAGGAACGUGUCCGUCUACCUGCUCCUGGACCAUAUCAACCUGCAGGUCUUUGUCAAGAUGUGUGAGACGCUACAGAUCAACAGUAAUCAUCUCACUAAAAUGUCGGUCCGUAGUAUACAAGGAGAGACGUAUUGUGCAAAGUCUGGAAGGAAACUCACUGGACAGAUCAAAGAGAAGUUCAUGAUCAUUGACUGCACUUUAGUGCUGGCUGGAUCAUACAGUUUCACCUGGCUGUCCUGGCAGGUCCACAGAAGCCUGGCUGUGCUCUUCAAGGGCAGCGCGGUCGAGCCUUUCGACCUGGAGUUUAGGAAGCUCUAUGCCAGCUCCAAGCCUGUGCCAGCCUUCCUCACAACGGCAACGGAGUUCAACCUUACCAGGCCGCUUAUCACCCAUCAAGCAGCAGCCACCUCAACCCCACUGACAAACCUUCCUUGCCCCAGUCCUGCAGAGACACCCCAACACUCAGCCAACAGCACCACCAACCUCCCAGCAGAGACACCCCAACACUCCGCCAACAGCACCACCAACCUCCCAGCAGAGACACCCCAACACUCAGCCAACAGCACCACCAACCUCCCAGCAGAGACACCCCAACACUCAGCCAACAGCACCACCAACCUCCCAGCAGAGACACCCCAACACUCAGCAAACAGCACCACCAACCUCCCAGUGCUUGGUGAAUCAGUCUUACUACACAGGUCCCCGGAGCCACAGGUUUGA